CAAGAUGCAUCUCCUGACGAAGUAUAUCCACCUCAUCCUUAUCACCAUUACCAGUAUCCAUGCCCAGGUAAUCUUUGCAACACAAAGCUCUCUGGGCCAAACACCACAAAUGGGCUGGAACUCAUGGAACAGCUUCAAAGCCAACGUUAAUGAAACCGUGGUGAACGACACCAUCCGACUUUUCACCAGUCUCGGGCUGAAAGACGCAGGCUACGAUUACAUCCUCCUCGACGAUGGAUGGGCCGACUAUAAUCGUACGGCGGACGGAUACCUCCAGCCGAAUGCCACUUCCUUUCCGCGCGGUAUCGCACCGUUGACUAACGAGGUGCAUGCGCAAGGUUUGAAGCUCGGACUAUAUGGCGACAGUGGAAUCCUGACUUGCGCAUUCCGCCCAGGCAGUUGGGGCUACGAGGAGCGCGACGCGCAGACAGUGGCCAGCUGGGGCGUGGAUUACCUGAAGUAUGACAAUUGUGGCGGCUAUCAAGCAACGACAGAGGCGCCUCAGGUGCGGUUCGGGGCGAUGCAACGGGCGCUUCAGCUGGUCGGCCGGGACAUAUUUUACUCGGUUUGCGAAUGGGGAUAUCAGUUCCCCUGGCAUUGGGGUGGAGGAAUUGGUCACUCCUAUCGUAUGUCUGGCGAUAUCACGGCAGUCUUCGCGAACGAAACGGGCUGUCCCUGCAAGACCGCAUACUGCUUGAAUACCGGUUACGCGAGUUGUUCCGUGUUGAGCAUCAUCCGGAAGAUGCGUGAGAUUAGCCAAUACCAACUCAAGGGUCACUGGCUAGAUAUGGAUAUGUUGGAAGUCGGGAAUGGGAACAUGACACUGUAUCAGCAGCAGACUCACUUCGCCUUCUGGGCUGCGCUGAAGUCUCCCUUGAUAAUUGGAGCAGAUCUGACUAAGUUGUCCAACGAGAGCCUCCAGAUACUCACGAACAAAGCUAUCAUUGACGUUAAUAAAGAUCCUUUGGGACAAGCGGUACACUACGUUGAGAAUGCAAGUAGGGAGGGCGCCUCUCAAGUCUGGGCCGGGAGGGUUGAGAGCGGAUUGAUUGUGCUUCUCUUCAACGAGAAGAAUUACGCCCAGAAUCUAAGCAUUGACUUCGCUAGUCUAGGCGUGAAUAUCUCGAGACCGGGAGAGGUGAAGGAGCUAUGGUCGCAGAGAAGCCUGGGCAAGAUUGAGCGCUUCUCUGGGAUACUGUCGCCGUAUCAGACGCUGGUGUUCAAAAUAGACAACUAGGCUUGAAGGAUAGGCUAGUGUAACAGAAUACGCUUCUGGCUCAUUUGUCC